UCGUGGGUGUGCCUUUUAAGUGUUUGGACCGCCACCGUUGGGGAAACAUCUUUCGAAAAUGAGCAGUUGCCAAGAGCAUACCGUUACUGUGGGUGUGUCUAUGGGCGGACCGCAUGAGUGAUACUAUGAAAGCAGUUGUUCCAAUCCAUUCUCUCUCACAGGAUCGACUCGCCAAGACCCAAAUAUGGCUGGUGUGCAGAAAAAACAAAAUGAGGCACUGAGGAUUGUUCUGGUUGGGAAGACUGGAGUUGGGAAGAGUGCAACAGCAAACACCAUCCUGGGGGAAAAAGUCUUUGAGUCCAAACUUUCCCCUGUUUCUCUGACAAAAGAGUGUGACAAGGCAAGAGGGGAGGUGGAUGGGAGAGAAGUGGCUAUUGUUGACACUCCAGGCUUGUUUGACACUAACUUGUCACAAGAGGAGACCCUGAAGAAGAUUGCUAAGUGCAUCUCCUUCUCUGCUCCUGGGCCCCAUGUGUUCCUUGUAGUGAUUGCGUUGGUUAGAUUCACACAGGAAGAGAAAGACUCAGUGGAGAUGAUUCAGACAUUCUUUGGAAAAGAUGCAGCAAGAUGCAUCAUGGUUCUCUUCACAAAUGCAGACCAGCUUGAAGAAGAACAAACAAUUGAAGACUUUUUGCGUGCCUCUUCAGAUCUUCAGGAUGUCAUUGCCAAAUGCGGGGGGCGGUAUCAUGACUUCAACAACAGAGAUAAGAAGAACCGCUCCCAGGUCACUGAGCUGCUUGAGAAGAUAAACAAGAUGGUCACGAUGAAUGGAGGAAGCUACUACACCACCGAGAUGUUCCAAAAGGCUGAGAGGGCGAUUGAAGAGGAGACGAAGAGGAUCUUGAGAGAGAAGGAAGAGGAGACACUCAGAGCGGAGGAGGAACUAAAAGCAAAAUAUGAAGGAGAGUUCCUAAAGGAACAACAAACCAUCCUAAGUGCAGCCACCUUGGCAUCAGCCAGAGGUUUAGCUGAAAGAGAAAACAACUUCACAAAAAAUCCUCUGUGCUUUUUGAGCUCUUUGUGUAGUAUCCUCUGAGGUGGUGUCAUCAGAUGGCAUUAGGCAUGUGACAAUAGAACAAGACAUGAAGUACUGAAGACUGGGGGGAAAAAGCACCACAUUACAAUACUGCAAAUCACAUGACUUUUCAUUAAUGAUAAAGUGGCAUGGAAAAUAAUAUUCGGAUAGGACUUGAUUUGCCCUUGAUGACAAGUGAUGGCCCGGAUGCCAAGUGAACUCAUAUAAUUUGCUUACAAUCAUACCAUUGAGUGACCUGCUUUAAAUGCUGAAGCUAACUGAAUCUGCUAACCCAACUUAAAAUAUCUGAAGUAUAUCAUUGUUUUCCAUCAUCCUUUGUAACAGGUAACACACAGACGACUGUAAUGGCAGAGAGAAAGAACCUGAAUAAUCAUGAGUGUAAUGAUACAUGCAUACUUUGAGGUGUAUUUUAUAUAUUGAUCUUGAGAUUGGGACUUACUCCUGUAUCUGGCAUAUUUGAAUGUGACUGCAUGUACCUAGAAUUUGGUAUUAAAGCUAUUGCUUCAACUGCACCUCGGGACUGUUGGAGGAAAUUAUAGUUGAAAUGAUUAAUUAUGUAUACAUUUAUUUAAGAACCAUUUAUUCUAAUACUAUUAUGUUAUGGUAUGAAAUGUAUGGGUUCUUGGUUAAGCUGUUACUGAAAAUGUAAGUAAAACAAAUUAACUGUCUGUACCUUGCGGGAAGUUUAAGGGAGAGGGAUGAUAUAUCUUUUCUGACAGAUAAGAAUGGUCCUUGAUAUUUCAUUAGUGGAGGAGAAGAUAUCUUUUAGACAGAUUGGAAUGUCUGGUUUAUGAGGGGAGUAGCAGACAUCUCCAGACCUGAAAACAUUGUGCCAUUGUGUGGAUCGGAGAGAGUGUGAGAAACUGAUGAUGUCAUUUCAUGUCCUCUCUUUAAAAUGUAAGGUUCUUUGUAUUUUGCUUCAGUACUCUCUUGUAAUAAACGCUGCUACCUGACUUUUAA